UAGCUUGAAAUCAUGAAAGCUUUCAGCCCAGUAAGAUCUGUGAGGAUAAACAGCCUAACGGAGCACAGUAUAUCUAGGAGCAAAACGCCUGUGGAUGACCCCAUGAGCCUGCUGUACCUGCUGUACAACAUGAAUGACUGCUAUUCCAAGCUGAAGGAACUGGUGCCGAGUAUUUUACAGAACAAGAAAGUCAGCAAGAUGGAAAUCCUGCAGCAUGUCAUAAAUUACAUUCUGGAUCUGCAGAUCGCCUUGAAUUCCCACCCUACCAUCGUCAGUCUCCAUCAUCCCAGGCUGGGACAAAAUUCCUCGUCCACCAGGACACCACUGACCCCCCUAAACACAGACAUCAGCAUCUUGUCAUUGCAGGCAUCUGAAUUGUCAUCAGAGUUUAUCACGAAUGACUGGAAGCUAGACACCUAG